AUGGACAUGGACCUGGUUCACAACGACACCGCGGUCAACGCAAUGAGACAAGACCUAGAGUCAGAACCAGUCGUCGAAGCAGAACCAGAGGAGGAAGGUCCUCGCAUGACCCGUCUGCGCGGGAUCCUUUCAAAGUCCCUCCAGGAAACCCUCAAGGCGUGCAACUACGACGCCAUCCAGGAAUGCUUCCCCAUCCUCGCCACAACCAACCCAGACGAACUCCACGAGGCACACGAGAAAGUCUGCCAGUUCCUCAAAGUCGAAGUCGAGAAUGAGUUUGGUCAGAUCAUCGAGGAGCGGAAUGUUAUCUUCAAGUUAAAUGGGCUUGAUAGACUUAUCGCAGAUGCCAAAGCAAAAGGAAUCACAGCCGGAUCACGAACCAUUUUGGACCUGUCUCCGGAUGUUGUCGUACGGGCACGCACAGUACCGACAAAGGAAGCUGAAAUCGAACGACUCAAGGCAGAGCUGGAACAGGUUCGACAAGACAACAGGAGACUCGGCAGUGCGCUCACUCACGCAAAGGCAGAACAUACCGCCAUCAAGUUUGAAAUCCUGGAGUCCUACAACCAAUUUCAGGAGGGCACCAAAAUUGCAUCGCACAUCCCGAUUAACGAUAUGGAGGAGCUGAUGGAUGAUGCACUGCCACACAUUCAGGAACCAUAG